AUGGUCUACUACCAGCGUCCCCAGUCUCCCCACAGAGACGAGGACCCCUACUACAACCACAACACCAAUAAUAACAACAGCAAUAACAAUACUUACAGAGGUGCCCCUGUAGACGUCCGCGACAACAAUAGGGACCGGGACCGGGACCGGGACCGGGACUACCACCGCUCCCGACGCUCCUCCUACUCGCCCGCAAGGGGCCGCUCGCCGCCCCGCGACGCACCAAAGGCCCCCCGUGCCUACCACGGGCCGUCCUCGUCCUACCGCUCACGAUCCGACUCGCACGACCGAACGAGCGGGAGAGGAGGAAACAGCGGCGGCGGCGGAGGAGGCGGGGGGUACUACGACCGCGAUGCUCCCCGGGACCGCAGCCGCAGCAGGGGCGACAGGGAGUGGCUUGGAGGACCGGCGAGUCGGGAUGUGAUCAUUGAGGGACUGGGAGCGGAUGUGGAUGAGGAUUACAUUAUGAGAGGUCUUCAAGAUGGAUUGCAAGUUGAGAACGUGGAGAAAGUCACGAUUAUUCGGGAUCGCAAGACCGGCAAUUCAAGGCAGUUUGCCUUUGUCCAUUUCUACUCGGUACCGGAUGCGCGCGCCUUCUUGCAGCAGUACUAUCCAAACAAGCUGAACCUUGGGCCUGGCGCGGACAGGUGCAAGGUGGCAUUUUCUAAGGAACGGGACAAUGAGGACAGCAGGAGAGGUAGGAGAAGAGAUGACGGCGAGGAGGAGUGGAAAUGCAGAGUUUGCCUUCUACUGAACUUUCCCAGACGCCAAGAAUGCUUCCGCUGCCAGACCCCACGCUCAGAAGUCACCUUGACUGGCACCUUAACCCACCCAACCCCAACGCACUUCACCAAUGAUGGAGAACGUGACAUGGCCACCUCCCCACCCUCCCAAUUCCUCCUCUUCCGCGGCCUCGAACCCUCCGUCACCGAAGAGCUCCUCGCCAAGGGCGCCCUCAAGCUCACCGUCCCGCCCGGAGCUACCCCCGAGCCCUCUCGGACUGGGCCAAUCGGCGCAAAGGAGUCAUCCGUUAAACGGGUUCUCCUUGUCCGCGACCGCAAAACGGACGAGAGCUGGCGAUACGGGUUUGUCGAAUUCGCGACGGCGCUGGAUGCCCAGGCUGCGCUGGCCGCGUACAACAAGACGGAGAAGUUCACAAUCAGUAGUCGCCCCGUCACGGCGUCGUAUAUACACCCGGGCGUGUUUGUGCCCGUGUAUAAUGCGUCGAGGGGCGUCGAGCGGUUCACGUUCCUGCCCAUGACGGCGAAUGUGGGCGGCGGGCUGAGACUGGCGUAUUGGGACGAUGAUGGCUAUGUAUCGGAAUUCAUAGUCUCGAAGCCCGAGCAGGAGCCCACCGCCGCCGAUGAGGCCGCCACAGCAGACUCCAAGAAGGCGACAAAGGGCACAAAAGACACCACAGACGACAAGGCCAAGACCAAAAAACGCAAAGCCGACAAAGACGCCGCCGCCUCCACCGCAGCACCCGGCAUCUCCGCCGCCUCAACCUCCAAAAAGGCCACCCCCGCCCACCUCCAAUUCUGGCAAAACCGCCACUCGGAGCUCCACGGCAUCAAGCCCGACACCACAGGCGGCGGCGCCGCAAACACAACAAGCACCGCAGAAUCCACCACAGGCUCCACCUCCGGCGACGACGACAAGACCUCCUCCGCCGGCGGCUCGGCCCCCAAAAAGCGCCGCACAACCACAGAGCCGGCCGCCGACGACACGCCGCGCGAGUCCUUCGCAGACAUGAACAAGCUCGCCUGCCUCCUCUGCUCGCGCGUCUUCAAGACGCCCGAAAAGGUGCACGAGCACGAGCGUGUCAGCACGCUGCACGCCUCGAACCUCAAGGACCCCGCGCUGCGCGAGGCGGCGCUCAAGAAGCUCGCCAAGGCGGGCAUCACCGCUGCCGCGGCCGCGGGCGCCUCGGCCACGCCGGAGUACCGCGACCGCGCCAAGGAGCGCAGACAGGUGUUUGGCAAGAGCACGGCGCCGGCGGCAGCGAAGAAGGAGUCGCCGCAGCCGCCAGCGGCGGAGGCGGAGGUUGCGGUGGCGCAGAGUAAGGGUGCGGCCUUGCUGGGCAAGAUGGGGUGGACGAGUGGGCAGGGGCUUGGCGCGAGCGGGGAGGGCCGCACGGAGCAUGUGGUUGCGGAGAUGUAUACGCAGGGGGCGGGGCUGGGGAUGAAGGGGGCGAGGGUGGGGGAUGUGGAGGAGGUUGCGAAGGGGGGGGGCAGCUAUAGUGAGUUUGUGAAGAAGACGAAGGAGAGGGCGUUGGAGCGGUAUAAGGGCAUGGAUUGA